UUGUUGUUGGUAGGUGACAUGCAGCAGGGGAGCGUCUGGAUACCGACGUCCUCGCUUCAUAGCUCCGUCUUCCCUCCUUAACCACUAGUUUAGUUCGGCUCGCAACUUAUGGUUGACUAAAUGCACUAAUAUGGCUUCUCCUAGUUCUCUGUUUUCCUCCAUGUCCAAGUUCAGCUUCAGGAGGCGGGACAAGGACUUUAAGCACAUCGCUCCCGGUUUGGUUCCCUCUGCCUCGAUCGCUCCCAAACCAGCUGUUCCUCGUACCCCUCCUCCCCGCAGCCCCGCCCCCUCUCCUGAAAGACCAAGGUCAGCUCUAGCGGCGGCCAUCUUGUCUUCCUCUCUGACCGGGAGGACGUUCGCCAUCCCUCCUGCUGGGCCCCGCACGCUCUCCGCCGCCGGCCGCUCCCUGUCCUUCUCCGGUCUGCCACAGGAGGGCGCUGCACCCUAUUCAAGGGACAAAUGGUCAGGGGACCACGACAGGAGGCCUCGACUGCCCUCCCCUGGGAGCUCUGACGACGAAGAGGAGGAGGAGCUACAGUAUGAGGAAGAGGACGAGGACGAGGAGGUGGACGAGGAGGAGGCCGACGAGGAGGAGAGGGAGGAGCCGGAGGAGCUGUCAGACGAAGAGCAGCACAUCUACCAAACACUAGACGGACAGGCCAGCCUGCCUGUCUGUCUGGACAGACGGACCGACCGUCCUGUCUGUGUUGGCAGACAGGACGGUCAGCCAAUCACAGAGCCCGUCUACACCCUGCCGGUCAAAGCUAAGCGUAUUUUUCAGGAAGAAGUAAAUUCAGACAAAGAGUUCCCACAGGAAUCUGAUCCGUACGCACUGCGUGUCAGGGGAAAGAAGCCGGUUAAGCAGCUGACACAGCAGAAGUUCCAGUCUGACAGAAGUAAUCCUGCACAAGACGUUACCGUGGAAACCAGCAGCCCGUCUCCAAAAACUGGGCGCGGUUCUUCCAAAAGGAACACGCCGCCGCCCCGGAAGAGUUCUGAGCCCAGCGAGGGCCUCCGGGGGGUCCUGGAGGGGCAGCAGCAGGCGGUCUUGUCUCUCACGCUGCAGAACGCGGCUCUGGCCUCAGAGCGCAGGCAGCUGCAGGAGACCCUCAGCCAGCAGGGCAGGGAGCUGCUCCGGGGGAAGGACGCCAUCCAGGACCUGCAGGCCAGGCUCAGCCGGGGGGGCACGCCCAGCCCCGCGGCCCCCAGCCCCGCGGCCCCCAGCCAAACGGCCCCCACAGUCUGGUCUCCAGGCGUCCUGGAGGAACAGGUUCAGAACCUCAAACUGACCGUCCAUCGACUCAGCGUGGAGCUCAGCCGCUACCAGGCCCAGACCAGACCGUUGGGCCUGCAGCAGGGCUCCAGGACCGACGGUUUACCGACGACAAGCUCGCCUCAACCAUGGCUGUCGGACAUGAAGUAUCUUUCUCCUCUGCUAUUGGCCUACGAAGACAGGAUGGCAGAGAAGGACGCACUCCUGCAGGCUGUUAAGGAGGAAGUGACGGCGUUGCGGGUUCGCGUCGAGGAAGUGGUCACAGAGAACCAGACUCUGCAUGACCGACUGGUCACCUCAAAGGGGGUUUCUCAGCAGGACUGGUGUGGUCUCCAAGAAAAGGCUGCCCUGGUCCUGAAGGAGAACCAGGUUCUGCUGGACCAGCUGGAGGCCCAGCAGAAACUGAGCCAGACCAGCCACAGCCAGCACCAGACUGAGGUGACCCGCCUGACCAAGCGGUUGAUGCUGAUGGAGGAGGAGGGGCGGGUCUUGCAGGUGAAGAUGGAGGAGGAGUGGGCGGAGCUUAGGACCCUGCGGAGCCGCAUGAAGGAGGCAGUCCCCAGGGAGGAGCACUGUGGCAUCACCGGGAAGCUACACCGCCAACUGGAGCAGGAAGAGAGACGGCGGGUGCAGGAGGUGGAAAAGAUGCAUGCAAAGGUUUUGGAUCUGGAGGAUGAGAAGAGAGUACUGCAGGCACAGAACUCCUCGCUGACCCAGGAGCACCGGACCAUGGAGCAGGAGCUGCAGCUGUCUGAGCAGGCCCGCAGGAAGGCGUGCAGCAGGCAGGCUGUGCUGGGCGGCCAGCUGGAGGAGAGUGUGAGGCAGGAGGAGGAGGCUCGUCUGCUGCUGGCCAACCUGCUGACCCUGGCCCAGAGGAGCACCCUGGAGAGAGACCACCUCGCCCUGCUGGCCACGGCCCUGGAGCAGGAGAAGGCAGGAGGCGUCCGCUCGCUCCUGGAGGGAACACUACGGCUCCGCAAGCUCCACGACAAGGUCAAGGUGUACCGCGGGCGUGUGUCGGCGGGCCAGGCGCUGGCGGAGCGGCGGCAGCGGGACCAGGAGUCGGCGUUGGCGUCGAGCCAGCGAGAGAUCCUCCGGCUACGGCAGCAGCUGGGAGACAGACAGAGCACCCUGGACACAGUGCUGCAGAGCAAGCAGGAUCUGGAGGCGGAGCUCGGGGUGGUGUGGGAGGCGGCCACCCGGGAGGAGCAGGGGAUGAGGGAGACGCUCCUGAACAACUCUCCCAGUCGGGGCGUCCAGAGCCUGGGUCUCCUGGGCAGGACCGGCCCUGACUGGUUCUCGGAGGCGGCAGAGCCAUCAGCGCCCCUCAAGGCCCACCACCACCACCACUCAGCCAAUGACGUUGAGAAGCUCGGGCUGGACUUCUACUCCUGAGGCUCCAAGGCGAGAGGGGAAGCUCGCUCCUCCUCUUUCGUCACAGUGCGCCACUAAACACUAAACACAAACCAAUCAACUCUUUUCUACCGUCUGGACAAUGCGUUGUUUAAAGUAAUGCUUUUUUUUGUAAACAUCUUGAACUAGGGCACACUCCCAGAAUUGCAGGCUGUAUCUGCUCUCAAAGUGUCUUCUGGACUGCAAGUCCCACACUGACUGUUACUGCGCUCAAAUGAUCUUCUGGACCACAACUCCCACACAGACUGUUACCUCUCAAAAAAUUGUCUUCUGGACUACAACUCCCACACUGCUGGCUGCAACCACUCUCAAAUUGUCUUCUGGACUACAACUCCCAAUCUGUCUGUAACUACUCAAAUUGUCUUCUGGACUACAACUCCCACACUGCAGACGGUAACUGCAAUAAAAUAUUGUGUUCUGGACUACAACUCCCA